AUUUGCUUUCACUGGGGUAUGUACUAUGUACGCGCCUUAUAUUUAAUAGCCUAAGUUAGAAUUAUCGGUUACCAAUAUAUUAUUGCAAUCUCGCAUAAGAAAGCUGCGAUAAUUUCUGACGAUUGUGCAUUUGAUAAUCACGCGAGCCACAUAUGAAUCGCAAUUAGAGGUUAAUGGACUCGAUUGAAAGCUGGUCGAGAUUUCAGUCAACUGUGCGAUACAAAUUAUAUGGCGCGAGCGUAACGGAAUAAAGAGAGCGCGUGCUCGCGAAAGAGUAACAACGCGAAACAUCGUCGCAUGCGUGCGCGAGAACAUGGGAUGAUUGGGUCCCGCGGUCUCCGCGGCAACCGCGACUUAUCGAUUCGCCUAGGCGUCGCCGUCGCUGCCGCCGAUUAGGCGAGCUAGAUGAGCGAUAGCGAUGGGCUAAGCAGCUAGGCAGCGCUAGGCCAGCCCGUUGUAUCGUCACCAGUCGUCAGCUGUCACACGCUUGUUGUAGCAAGUUCACGAAACGAUUCGUUCGCGGAAUCAUCCGUGCGAGCGACAACGUCGUCGUCGCGCGCGAUGCAACAACAAGGGAUGGAAUGCGACAACAAAAGAAUAAACCUCGACGAGACCAUUCUGCCGUUAGAUGAAAAACGAUGUUGUGAAAGGCCUCGAAACUUGGCACAGUCGUCUAUACAUCGAGUUAGAGAUGGUCAACGAUUCGCGAUAUUUCGCGAUGGGCAAACGCGGGCGUGAAAGAAUAAGGUGGAAAUUGAAGAAUUUGUACAAGAGAAGAUUAAUACCAAAAGUUAAUUACCAAGAGACACAUGAAAAAACCUAAUACACUGAUGAAGUAGGAGAAGAAGCGAAGUGUGCUGUGAAGAGAGAAGAGGAGAAAGGACGAGAGGACGAGAGGAUGAGAGGAUAAUAGCUGUGUGUGACAUUGAAUAUUGGAGCUGGAAACUAAAAGCGAAUAUCCGAAGAAAAAUAAUAGGCCGUUGACUUCCUUCAGAGAGGGGAAUGGUAAACGAGAACAGGGUAAAGAGUGAUGGGAUCGUCGUCCCGUGCUGUUCCCCCUCGUGGGACUCACGGCACUUGCCACCAGAGCAGCGAAGAUUCCGUCGCGUUCACGGGCUGCAGCUGCCACUGCAUCCCCAGCAAGUCGCCGGCUGGGUACUGUUGAUCGUCGUGUUCAUCGGUACGUUCACCGUGCUGCUGACAACGCCACCGUUGCUGCCGCCUUAUCCCGAUCUGCGCUUUAUUCUCUUGCUGUUAUUCGCCGCCCUGUUUCUACUACACCUGUCGACCCAUCUGACGGUGUUGCUGCUGGACCCGGCCGAUCCGGAGGUUCGCGCUCGACCGGCCCGCGCGAUUGUUCCGGAGUUCGACCGAACGAGGCAUCUACACGUCAUCGAGAACGGCCGAUGCCACCUUUGCAACAUAACGACGCGUGGCCCACGCACCAAGCACUGUUCCAUCUGCAACAAGUGCGUGCCGCGUUUCGACCAUCACUGCAAAUGGCUCAACAAUUGCAUCGGCGGCCGUAACUAUCCAGCCUUCCUGGUGUGCCUGGUGUCGACGCUCGUCGUCGCGCUCGCGGUCACCGCGCUUUCCCUGGGCGAGCUGGUGCUGCUUCUUACCGUCCCGUGGGACAGUGGCACCAACGGCGCUACGAGUAUGAGCAACGCCACCACGGCGAUGCCGCCACUAUCGUUGGUGCCCGACAGUCCCGGCACCGGCUCGCUCGUCCUCGUCAUUGUCAUCGGCGUCCUCUCGGCCAUCGCCGCGGUUCUACUCAUUCACCUUUGCUUCUUCCAUGGUUACAUCGCCUGCCUCGGUCUCACGACGUACGAAUACGUGCGCAGUAAGCGGGAGAGAGGCGUCACCAGUACAGGAGCCACUGCCGCCGAAUCUAGAAUGACCCAUCAUCGGUCUACCGUUACCGGUGGUUUCUGCGGCAUGCCUUACUGUACGGAUUGUACCGCUGCUGAUGGCGGAGAGGACGUCGACGGACGGAUGAUGGUACGACGUGGCCUCUGCUCUCGCUUCUGCGAUAACGGUUCUCUACUCGACAACAGCACGAACGCAACGAAACGGACGAUGACGACGACGACGACGACGACGACGACGGAGGAGGACGUGUACGUUUGCUCCACGCAUGAGGAAAUUGCAAGAAACGGUAAAGAUGUCCCCUCCAAGACGUUGUCGCCCCCGAUAAAAGGUAGCCGGAAUUUUCGCCUUUGUUUCUCGUACGAUUCUCACACCACCGAGACCUCCAUUCGAGUCUCCUCACAGACGACGGACGCAGAGUUGAAAAACUACGGAGUUGAAUCACCGGACACUACUAAGUCGUCCUCAACACCUUCGCCGGUGUCUUGUUGCUUUUCCAUCAUGAACGCCUCCCAUGCUGCCGAUGGCAGUAGUAGGCUGCACGACGGAAGGCAUCGGCGGCGCUCCGGCGAGCCCACGAAACGCUCCUGCGGAACGAUGAGAAGGAUACAGACCUUUUUGCAGACUCGUCUGAGAAAAGGUUCGAGACAGCGGUUAACAACCUCGUCGUUGUCGUCGUCAUCGGCGGCGGCGGCGGCGGCGAUCGCUCGUCAUUGCAGCAACAAGAUAAUUCCACAUCAGGCAGCCAGUUUUCCGGAUUCUGUCGCUCCUGGCGCCUUAACCGCCGAGAAUCGGGAUCGCAGCGGCGACCUCGUCGACGCGAUAACGACAGAGCUGACGACGGAAAAUUAUCCACGUCCCCCGGCAAGGCUACCUGCCCUAGAUCUUUCGCGCGAGAACGUUCGCAAGACUAGAAAAGUAUCUUCGAAUGCUACUGACAUUUCCGUCCUAGGACAGAUGCCGUCCUCCGCGAUACCUAAACGAAAUCAACCUCACCUCCGUACUCGCCGGAGCACGAGUUUCUCUAAGAAGAGACCGCGCUUCAAAGUCGGCUCACACGUUGUCUCACAGACUGCCCAAUUGUCACCUAUCCCGGAGUCGGAGUUUUCGAAACCGGCUACCCCAAGAUCGCCGUUGCGAUCGGCUUCUAUCUUCACUUUCCCACCGUUACAUGAGUAACGUUCUCAGCACUGUAUUGAGGUGCUGCUUUUUACGAAUAUAAAACCCAAUCGAAUUUUCUUAGAGAAUGCCCUUGCGAUAUAUGAGUCUGCCUUAUUUUUACAAAAUAUUUAAUAUUAUGAAACUUGUAAUAAAUUUAAUGUUUUAAAUAAACACUGAUUUUAAUAAGCUAUGAUGCGCAACACAAUGUGCUUGAAAUAGAAUUAAAUUUCUUGUGCGGACAGACCCAUAUAUACGAUUGCAUUGUUUAAAUGAAGCAAAUGAUUAAAUUUUCGUUGGAUUCGACAUCAAUGUACAAUUUGUUCAAGACAUUUUUAUAAUUAUACGUGACAAAGACAUCCGAGGACAUCUUGUAAUUGGCAAUGUGUAUCUAUUGUACUGAUACAAGUGUUUUCGUUUUAGUGAA